CAAAGGCUUCCGCCGCGGGCAGGUGAAGCAGCAGAGCCAGGGAGGCGGCCGGGUCUCCGGGGCUGCUGCGGCCGCGGAGCUUCGGGGAGCCUCCGAGGCGGGCAUGAGGCGGCGGCCGGUGCGGCCCGGGCCGGCUGGCUGAUUGUUUGAGCCCUUCAGUGUCCUCCUAAAUAUUCACUUAACCUUCAGGAAUUUUUUAAAAGAUGGCCUUCGUUUCAACCCAAGGACCCACUGUGGUCGACCAGACCACCUUAAUGAAAAAAUACCUCCAGUUUGUGGCGGCUCUCACCGAUGCCAACACACCCGAUGAAACGAAACUGAAGAUGAUGCAAGAAGUUAGUGAAAACUUUGAGAACGUCACUUCAUCUCCUCAAUAUUCCACAUUCCUGGAACACAUCAUCCCUCGCUUCCUGACGUUUCUCCAAGAUGGGGAAGUCCAGUUCCUGCAGGAAAAACCUGCACAGCAACUGAGAAAAUUAGUUUUGGAAAUAAUCCACAGAAUACCAACCAACGAGCAUCUGCGCCCGCACACCAAAAAUAUCUUAUCUGUGAUGUUUAGAUUUCUAGAGACCGAAAAUGAAGAAAAUGUUCUUAUUUGCUUGAGGAUAAUUAUUGAGCUUCACAAACAAUUCCGGCCACCCAUCACGCAAGAGAUUCAUCAUUUCUUGGAUUUUGUGAAACAGAUUUACAAGGAGCUUCCAAAAGUAGUGAAUCGGUACUUUGAGAAUCCUCAAGUUGUGCCCGAGAACACCAUCCCUACCCCAGAAAUGGUGGGCUUGAUCACGACGAUUGUAGUGAAAGUAAACCCGGAGAGGGACGACAGCGAAACCAGAUCGCACGCAGUCAUUCCUCGCGGCUCCCUUUCCUUGAAAGUUUUAGCAGAACUUCCCAUAAUCGUAGUCCUCAUGUAUCAGCUCUAUAAGCUGAAUAUUCACAACGUGGUAGCCGAAUUUGUGCCCUUGAUCAUGAAUACCAUCAUUAUUCAGGUGUCCAACCAAGCCAGGCAGAAUAAAAACUACAAUAAGGAAUUGUACGCCGACUUCAUUGCUGCCCAGAUCAAAACGUUGUCGUUCCUGGCUUACAUUAUAAGGAUUUAUCAGGAGCUGGUAGCGAAGUAUUCCCAGCAGAUGGUCAAGGGAAUGUUGCAGCUGCUGUCCAACUGCCCAGCAGAAACGGCCCACCUGAGGAAGGAGCUGCUCAUCGCAGCCAAGCACAUCCUCACCACCGACCUGAGGAGCCAGUUUAUCCCGUGCAUGGACAAAUUGUUCGAUGAAUCCAUACUCAUAGGCUCUGGCUACACGGCCCGUGAAACACUCAGGCCCCUUGCGUACAGCACCCUGGCCGAUCUGGUCCACCACGUCCGGCAGCACUUACCCCUCAACGACCUCUCCCUGGCCGUCCAGCUCUUCGCCAAGAAUAUCGAUGACGAGUCUUUGCCCAGCAGCAUCCAGACCAUGUCGUGCAAACUUCUGCUGAACCUGGUGGAUUGCAUUCGGUCCAAGAGCGAGCAGGAGAACGGAAACGGCAGAGAUAUCCUCAUGAGGAUGUUGGAGGUAUUCGUCUUGAAAUUCCACACCAUUGCCCGCUAUCAGCUUUCCAUUAUCUUUAAAAAGUGCAAGCCCCAGUCAGAGCUGGGGGCAGGAGAAGCCGCUUUAACGGGCGCACCGGCAGGAGGAAACGCACUUCCGGUCACGGUGCCCUCCCCUGCGCCCACCACCCCGGUAGCCCCAGCUUCAGGACCGGUCUUUGAGAAGCAAGGGGAGAAGGAGAAGGAGGACAAGCAGACUUUUCAAGUCACCGAUUGCCGGAGCUUGGUGAAGACUUUAGUCUGUGGGGUCAAGACCAUUACAUGGGGCAUCACGUCUUGUAAAGCCCCCGGAGAAGCCCAGUUCAUUCCCAAUAAGCAGCUUCAGCCUAAAGAGACCCAGAUCUAUAUAAAAUUGGUCAAAUAUGCCAUGCAGGCUUUGGACAUUUAUCAGGUCCAAAUUGCCGGGAAUGGGCAGACGUACAUUCGGGUCGCCAACUGCCAGACGGUCAGAAUGAAGGAGGAGAAAGAGGUCCUGGAACACUUUGCUGGGGUCUUCACCAUGAUGAACCCCCUGACUUUCAAGGAGAUCUUCCAGACCUCUGUCCCUUACAUGGUGGAAAGGAUCUCCAAGAACUACGCGCUUCAGAUCGUUGCAAAUUCUUUCUUGGCCAAUCCUACGACCUCGGCUUUAUUUGCCACUAUCCUGGUGGAGUAUCUGCUUGACCGACUGCCUGAAAUGGGUUCCAAUGUGGAGCUGUCCAACCUGUAUCUCAAACUCUUCAAGUUGGUUUUUGGUUCGGUUUCGCUCUUUGCUGCGGAAAACGAGCAGAUGUUGAAGCCGCAUCUCCAUAAAAUAGUCAACAGCUCCAUGGAACUCGCACAAACGGCCAAAGAACCUUACAACUACUUCCUGCUGCUGAGGGCCCUUUUCCGAUCCAUCGGGGGAGGCAGCCACGAUCUCUUGUAUCAGGAAUUCUUGCCCUUGUUGCCUAACCUACUACAAGGUCUCAACAUGCUCCAGAGCGGUUUGCACAAACAGCACAUGAAGGAUUUAUUCGUCGAGCUCUGCUUGACGGUCCCGGUUCGCCUCAGCUCCCUCCUUCCUUACCUGCCGAUGCUGAUGGAUCCUUUGGUAUCCGCCUUAAAUGGAUCUCAGACGCUGGUCAGCCAAGGCCUGCGCACCCUGGAGCUGUGCGUAGAUAAUCUGCAGCCGGAUUUCUUGUACGAUCACAUCCAACCUGUCCGGGCUGAAUUGAUGCAGGCUCUCUGGCGAACUCUGCGCAAUCCUGCGGAGACCAUUUCUCACGUGGCUUACCGCGUGUUGGGAAAAUUCGGUGGAAGCAACCGGAAAAUGCUGAAGGAGUCCCAGAAGUUGCACUACGUGGUGACAGAGAUUCAGGGGCCUAGCAUCACGGCGGAGUUCUCUGACUGCAAAGCAUCCAUUCAGCUGCCCAUGGAGAAGGCCAUCGAGACGGCCUUGGACUGUUUGAAGAGCGCCAACACAGAGCCCUACUAUCGGAGGCAAGCUUGGGAGGUCAUCAAAUGCUUCCUGGUCGCCAUGAUGAGCCUAGAUGACAACAAGCAUGCAUUGUACCAGCUUCUUGCCCAUCCCAACUUCACGGAGAAGUCCAUUCCCAACGUCAUCAUCUCUCAUCGGUACAAGGCCCAGGACACGCCGGCCCGGAAGACCUUUGAACAGGCCCUAACCGGGGCCUUCAUGUCAGCGGUGAUUAAGGACCUGCGACCCAGCGCCCUGCCGUUCGUGGCCAGCCUGAUCCGCCACUACACCAUGGUGGCAGUGGCUCAGCAGUGUGGCCCUUUCCUGCUCCAGUGUUACCAGGUGGGCAGCCAGCCCAGCACCUCCAUGUUCCACAGCGAGGAGAACGGGUCGAGAGGCAUGGAUCCCUUGGUGCUGAUCGACGCCAUCGCCAUCUGCAUGGCUUACGAGGAGAAGGAGCUCUGCAAGAUCGGGGAGGUGGCCCUGGCGGUCAUCUUCGACGUGGCUAGCAUCAUCUUGGGAUCCAAGGAGCGGGCCUGCCAGCUGCCCUUGUUCUCCUACAUCGUGGAACGCCUCUGCGCUUGCUGCUACGAGCAGGCCUGGUACGCCAAGCUCGGCGGGGUGGUCUCCAUCAAGUUCCUGAUGGAGAGGCUCCCUCUGAUUUGGGUCCUCCAGAACCAGCAGACCUUCCUCAAGGCUCUGCUCUUUGUCAUGAUGGACCUGACGGGAGAGGUUUCCAACGGGGCUGUGGCCAUGGCCAAGACGACCCUCGAGCAGCUCUUAAUCCGAUGCGCGACGUUGUUGAAAGAAGAGGAGAAGACGGAGGAGAUCCUCACCGCCCAGGAGAAGUCCUUCCACCACGUCACCCAUGACCUGGUGCGGGAAGUGACCUCGCCAAACUCCACCGUGAGGAAGCAAGCCAUGCACUCCCUCCAGGUGGUGGCCCAGGUGACGGGCAAGAGUGUCACGGCAAUCAUGGAGCCCCAUAAAGAGGUUCUCCAAGACAUGGUUCCCCCCAAGAAACAUUUGCUCCGACAUCAACCUGCCAACGCCCAGAUCGGUUUGAUGGAAGGGAAUACAUUUUGCACCACUCUGCAACCCCGGCUAUUCACGAUGGAUCUCAACGUGGUAGAGCACAAAGUCUUUUAUACAGAGCUGCUGAAUCUGUGCGAGGCUGAAGACUGUGCCUUGAUGAAAUUGCCCUGUUACAAGAGCCUUCCUUCCUUGGUGCCCCUUCGAAUUGCAGCUCUGAAUGCCUUGGCUGCCUGCAACUACCUGCCCCAGUCUCGGGAGAAGAUCAUCAGCGCGCUCUUCAAGGCCCUCAACUCGACCAACAACGAGCUUCAGGAAGCGGGCGAGGCCUGCAUGAGGAAGUUUUUGGAAGGCGCAACCAUCGAAGUGGACCAGAUCCACACCCACAUGAGGCCGCUGCUUAUGAUGCUGGGCGACUAUCGGAGCCUAACCCUCAACGUGGUCAACAGGCUGACAUCGGUGACGAGGCUCUUCCCCAAUUCGUUCAACGACAAGUUUUGUGACCAGAUGAUGCAACACCUGCGUAAAUGGAUGGAGGUGGUGGUCCUUACGCAUAAAGGAGGGCAGAGGAGCGAUGGAAACGUAAGUCCCAGGUUCUUUUUUGGGGGGGGGGUCUUUGAACGCAGAAAGAGAGACGCUUACGGUAGAAGGGAGAAACGUCACGUUUAACUGCCAGGUUUCGAU